UCUCGCAGCCCUUUGCUGGCCUAGAGAAAAGGAAGUGCACCAUGCAAGUCAUCUUUGGUCCGGGUGAGAAGACUAUGCGGAUUUCGGUGAUUUUCCGAGGCCAGGGGAAGCGGAUUUCGCCGGUGGAGAAAGCCGCGUACCACAAGGACGUGGACGUGUUUUUCCAGGAGAAUGCGUGGGCGGACCAAAAGUUCUGCAUGGAGUGGGCCAAGAGGUCGUACCGCGAAGGCCUGAUCCGCGGGCGGGGUGAGCUCCCCAAGGCGAGGUCCAUUCUGAUAAUGGACAACUUGCACGCGCAGACCACGGACGAGUUCAAGGGGUAUCUUGCGAAGCAGUGCAACACUAUCGCCUGGCUUGGCCCUGCGGAGUGCACGGACGAGGUGCAGCCAGUUGAUGCAGGAGCCGGACGAUUUCUCAAGGUGGAAGUUGGUAACGAGAUGGACAAGUGGCUCGAUCAGUCGGACAACAUCGAGAGGUGGGAAACCGCGUCGCUGACAGCAUCUGACCGGCGCGUACUGAUCACUCAAUGGACGGGAGCGGCCAUGGCAAAACUCAACAGCAAUCAGGGGUACCGACACCGCCUUUUCGAAAAGUGCGGGAUGGCGAUGACCGUGGACGGCUCAGGCGAUGAUCGAAUCACCUUGGAGGGUUUGGACCAGCCGUACACCUUCGCAAACGAUGAAGACUCCAGCGAGAACGAAGGAGGUUCGGAGGACGGCAGCGAUGGGCCCGAGGGGCGGGAGGAGGAGGGCGCCGGCAGGCGCGAGCCGGUCGUCGGGGAUGAGCGCAACGGUGCCAACAGCGGGGAGGGCAUGGAGGGCGCUGGAUACAGCGAUGAAGACGACGACAACAUGUCUCAUUCCCAGACCGACGAGCUAGCUCUUUUGGACGAGGACGACAGCAUGGACCCAGACGGCCCGGAGGACGAGACGCAGGGAAUGGAGAUCCCGGCGGGCUUUCGUCUUCAAGAAUCUACCCCCGCUGCUCUUGACAGAAUGCUUUUGCAACUGCUUGUUCGGCUGGGCAUGGGGUGGUUCGGUGGGUUGAUCAUUCAGCAAUCUCCGCAGCGCCAACUGUACGACUACUGUGUUCAGCUGGAAGUAGACCACAGUACGCGCAAAAUGAAGCUGCCCUUAGACAAGUACAGCGGAGAUCCGGACGCGGCGGUAGGCUCAUGGGUUUUGCUUGAGAGCGUCAGUAGGGUGGGAAGGAUACGCACCCCCAACGUCACUCUUGUGGACCAAGACGGUUGACAGUUGCCCCAUGGGGAGGUGUUUGCGGGUAUGAAACUCUGCGUCGAGUGCAGUUGAGUAGUGCACCAAGUGAGUAAUCGAUGAUGAAAAAAGAACAAGAACACCGUUUCUAGAGACAACCGGACGACGAAAUAAGAACCUGGCAAAUAAGAACUUGUGCUCGGCUUGGGGCAGCCAACAAGAAGCGAGCCUCGCUUCAAAUAAGAUGUUCUUAAGUGCGGGCCGGUUCUACGUUGGGAAGUUUCAACCUUUAUGAAGGUGCUCUCCACAUCACCCCCCCCUUUUUCGAGGCUUCUUCUUGUUUGCUAGGCAGGAGAAGUUUUCUUGGGGGAACCGGAACCCGAUCGGCUGGCGGCGAGUAGAACCACCUUUUUUCCAACAGUCUUCUGUGCGUGUGUGCGGGUGAACAACUCCCGCCACGCAUUGCCAGAAGUGCCGAGUUCGAUAGACAGCGCGUCGUUUCUUGGCCCACUCACCGUUUUUUUCUUUUUUCCGUACUCCGGAAGAAAAAUCGGUGAGCAGCGGGUUUUGAACCCGUGUCUUUUGCGACCAAAGGUAGAC